CGAACGGCCUCUUCUUCUAUUUCCUCAUUUUCUCCCAUUUUCUUUUUCUUUUCACUUUUUCAUGUUAGCCUCAGGUCACUACAAGGGAGGAAUUGUACGAUCCUCGACCCGUGGUUCAGUGAUCCAGGCCGUUGCUUGCUUCUAUAGUUUCUGAAGGUAAACCAGCUUUCAAUCAUGGGUUCCGAAGACUCUAAAGAUUUGUUGAAGAAUAUGGAUUGGAAAACUUUGAGCGGUGAUGUAGCUAAUGGAUCUAGUGAGCCAGCCAUCAAAAAGCGUCUUCCGAAGAAGAUUAGGCAAGUGCCAGACUACUAUUUUCUCCCUCGAAGAUCCUUACCCUCCGCCAUUGCUCUUUAUGGCGCAAUCUGUGCUGCUGGAGUUGGUGCAGGAAUGUUGGUGGAAAUUUGGAUAAAUAAAAAAAUCCAAGAGGAUGGCGGUAUCAUUUGGGAGAUGGAUAAAUCCUGAAUGCAAUUCAUCAAUUUGGCCAUCUCUCACCAGAUGCAAAUUAUCACCAGCAUCCAAAGGUCAGAUUGGCUACAUUAGAUACGAAAAUCUUCAUUGUUGAUGCUCCAUGUUUUGUUAUUGUUUUUAAUCUUGUUCUAGUGAAUGGCAUGUGCCAUGGAUCAGGGAAAGAAGAGAAACACGAGCCAUAAUCGCGUUGGUGACCUGAUUAUUUUGGUGAGUGUAUGUUUAGAAAGGGUCCCACCUGA